CAGUCGUGUCUGAGUGUCCUAUCAUUGGUCAAGAUAACAAUAAACCAUGUUGGCUGAAUCUUUAUUCAUGUCUAUACUGUUGGCUACUAGCCUCGCUAUUAAGUUAGCUUAUGAACCGAUAAAUUAUGGAAGAUACAGUACCACAUAUCAGAGAGGAUGGAUGGAUGCUGCCAUUGCUAUAGUAGAAUUAAACAUGUUGGAGGAUCAACCUGGCGUUGGAGUACCGACACUUCACGGCAUGGGUGUCGCGAUUGAUUACAACAGAGUUCUCACUUCAUAUAACGCCAUGCGACGUUUUGUUUUAACCAAAGGAUCAUUUGAGAAAGCUUAUGUUGUAGUUUUAAAAGGUAGAAGUUACGAUGCCAACAAUAGGACAUUUCAUCAUGAUCUUGGUGUUUACAAAAUUUUGUGCGGACGUCAACCUGUUCACGUAGACAACAUUCCCGACCAUUUGUGGUUCGACAAAGAACAUCAGACCUCGCCAUAUCACGACUUGUUUGUGUUAAGAAUUGAUGCAAAUUUGACUAAAAAACUGAACGCCUAUCAACAUAAGAAUACUGGGUAUGUGGAAUCCGGUAUAAAUGAAUACCAGCAAUCAUUGGAGGGGCUAUAUCUGAAUUUAGUUAAUCCCGUACCACAAUUAGAAGGUUUUUUAGAAAUUGGUUUCUAUUAUUACAGAGAAAACAGACCAAAGGUGCACGAGGUGAGAUUAUCAAACACUACAUUCAGUACAAAAAAUAUACGUAACUGCGACUCAGUACUGCCGCGAUAUUGGGGAUAUUUUAUUUGCGUUGAAUUUAGCGUGAAAUAUCGACUGUUAUCAGGCGCACUACUACUGCUCAAUGGAGAUGUAGCUGGAAUUGGCUCCCACCAAUAUUUUACAGAAGUUGCAAAUAGAAUGGUUGCAUUCACUGAUGUAAGACCAUAUCGUUUUAAUUUAUUUUAUGCCUGUUCAGAGCUCGAAACAAGUGGUACUGCAGAAAAUCCGGUUAGGAAAUGGAAUAUUGAAUAUUACUAGUGAAGCAUCUUUGUAGGUUUUGGUACCUAUCUAAAGAAAGUGGGAAACAAGUUUAUUGAAUAUUAACGAGCAAUGCAAUUACAUAUUAACAACGAGCAUAAACAAUGUAAUUGUUAAAUUUUUA